AUGUCACUGCCGGGACAGCAAGAAGCCCCUGGGCUGACGGAAAGUUCGAAAGUACUUGCGAAUAUCAGUACAAGCCAGGGCAAAAAGCGCGAAGAAGUCGUUGAAGACUAUAGCGUGCCAGAUGAAUUCGAGUACGCGGAGGGCGGCUGGAAGGCAUGGAUGGCUAUUCUUGGAUCAUUCCUUGGGUUUUUCCCCACUUGGGGUUUCUUUUACACUGCUGGAGUAAUGCAAAAUUACAUUGCGAAAAAUCAGCUGGCGACGGCCUCAACGUCGACAAUCUCUUGGGUCUUUUCGGUAUACAAUUUCUGCUUGCUCGGCUCUUUUGUGUUCAGUGGCUUAUACUUUGAUCUAAAUGGCGCCCGGCGCCCUUUAAUACUGGGAAAUGUAAUGUUUCUCACGGGUAUGUUCGCCCUUGGGAACUGCACCAAGGUGUGGCAUUUUAUAGUGUGCCUUGGAAUUUUAGUCGGCAUGGGAUCAGGAAUAUCGUCAAGUCCUCUUAUUGGCGUUGUGUGUCACCAUUUCAACCGGAGGCGAGGCAUUGCUACUGCACUAGCGAUGAAUGGAGGCAGUAUUGGAGGCGUCGUCAUUCCCCUGAUGCUGCGGUCCCUCUUCGAGAAAUCUGGGUACCCUUGGGCAAUGCGUUCUUUAGGCUUCCUGUCCACUGGGUUUUUGGUCUGCUCGGUUUUCCUAGCGCGAGAGGACCCUGCGAAACUCCACAAACCUCAACCUGGGACAUUGUUGCGUAAUACCUCUGGGCCGUCCUUCGUAAGCAGCUUCCUCAGCUACCUCUCAGGAUCGUUCGACUAUAAAGCACUGAAAGAGCCCAAGUACCUAUUUUGCACCCUCGGUUGCUGUAUGGCGGAACUUUCAACAGGGGCCACUUUGACUUAUAUCACAUCAUACUGUGAAGUGGUUGGGUAUCGUGACGAAGACGCAUUUUACAUCAUUACGGUGUUGAACGCGCUUUCGAUUGUGGGAGGCUAUAUCUGUAGUCUGCUGGCAGACGUGCUAUUUGGCCGUUUCAAUGUUAUGAUUUUAAUAAACCUGCUGUUAGGUAUUAUUGGGUUUGUUAUGUGGCUCCCAUUUGGCUCUAAGGGUAGUGGCAUCAUGUAUGCCUACGGAGCUAUUUAUGGUGCUCUGUAUGGAUCUAUGUUGAACCUGGCGCCUGUUUGUUGCGGUGAAAUUUCGCGCGUUGACGAAUUCGGACGCCGCUAUUCGACAAUGUAUGCCCUCGUAGGCUUUACAUUCUUGGCAGGCAUUCCGAUAUCAGGCGCUAUUAUUGGUGAAGGAACUUUAGAGUCUUACGACAACGUCAUUAUAUUCUUCUCAGCUGUUUCAAUUGCGGCAGGGGUGUUCUACCUACUUAGCAAGUGUUUUGCGCUACAGAACCCGCUCAAAAAAAGCGACUCCAAGGAAUCAGACUUUCCGGGCACCCUUGCUCUACUUGUCAAAAGCUCUUUACGGCGUUUUUGA